AUGGACGGCAGCGAAUUAGGGAUGUUUGGUACACUGUGGCCGAUGAAAUGGGCCACUGAUGAACAGGUAGCAGCAUUUCCGAUCGGCGAGGAGACAAUUAUCUUGGACGCGACCCGGCGUGCAGUAUCAUCUCUAUUACUCAGAGGUCAAUGCUCUACCCGCGGACAUUGUGUUUCUGAAAAGACAGACUUUCGAUCCUCGUCAUUUUUGACGAAGCACGCCUCACCAUCGACGGCUGCAGAUGGAGUGAAAGCCUGA